UCGGUAUCUGCACGUGUAGUUUAACUCUUUGAGUGAUUAUGCAGAAAGUUUGAAGUUAAUAACUUUUGUGGUAUUUCUGUUUGACAUAAUUGAAAAUUGCUAAGUUUUGUAAAAUUGAAUCUUUCCACCUUGGGCCACGAACUUAUUAAUCACCCUUAGUUUGUGACACCCAAUUUGUGUACCUGCUCAUUUCAUGUACUGGGCAACUUCCUUGCCCCAUUCGUGUAAUGAGCAGGUACACAAAUUGGGUGUGACAUAUAUAGGGCUUCUUGUAAUGUCAAGCAAUAAACCAGAUGAAAGGAAUAUAUGAAUUUCAGAGCUCCACAGAAAUAUAGUUAUAGCUAAAACAUUAACAAGAUUUUAGCCUAUCACUAGAUUUCAGUGUAUAACUGGUACAAUUAAACAUAAAAUUCUUAAUUUAAUAAUAUGACAAAGUAUUACACAGUUGCACUUAACUGAUUAUCAUAGAAUAUAAUUAUCAAGCAAGUAAAAUAACUUUGAUUGCUUCGAAGACACAGGGUUGUAAGUGAGAAAAAUGUACUUUAGGAUUAGCGAGUAAUCCACGGACCACCACAGAUGUAGCCUUACUAAUACGACUGAGUCAGAGCAGACGGCCGCAGCACUUAGCAGUGUUCCUCAGAGGUAUAAAAAUAACAAAAAUAAAGCAAUUCAGUUUUUACACUUUUAGCCCCUAAAUUGGAACCAAGUAAUCAAGUAUGAAAAAAGAAACUCUGAUGAACUAUUGCUAAAGCCACGAAUAUUGCUGAAUAUUAGUCUCAAAAGCUGUAGGUUGUCAACUUUGCCUUGUACUGUUUGUCUCGCAGAAAUGGUUGGACAGGAAGUGUACCUGUGAGUGUCGAUACUCACAAUAUCCUCACAUGACAUGGUUAGACCGAUACAGACACUGUUUAGUCUUUAAAUAUAUAAAAAGUUAAACAAGCUUGAAUCUUUAUUAUUAUCGCAUCUAUACAAAUAGAAAAGAUUAUAUUUUGAAAGUCAUAAAUGUUAAGAGGGGAGGAGAGCAACCAUUUGGGAGGUUUGGAAAUGUGUUUUGUCUCAUUCAUUACCUCACUAAAUUAUUCUUCUUCCUUUCAACACAAAGGGAAAAAGAGCCUCUUUCCAAUCAGCUACAGUUGGUGGAGCGAGGCCAAGGGGUUGAUCUGCUAUUAAUGAUAAUUGAAAUGACGUAAAACUAGCUUAAAUCCCAGAAAUGUCUUGUUUUCCAUUUGGCUUGGAAAAUAAAACUAAAUUUAUCCAGGUUUCGAAGAGGAUUUUGGAUGAUUAGCUUGUGUUUUUGAUCAAAGUCAGAUCGAAGAUAAGUGAGCAGUGAAUUUUUCUUUCAUUGUUUUUAACUUUUAAACUUGGGUUUCCAUGUUCAUUCCUUGCUGAAUAUAGCUCCUUCAUGGUAUCCAAUGGUACCCAUUGCAAAGAGCGGAAGAAUGCUCACAUUUGUGUACAGGGAUUUCCCAGCUUCCUCGGCCAAUGGGUCGAGCGAGGAGGAAUUUCACAAAUACCUAAAUAAAAAGCAGUCACAGCUCCAGGAUUUCACCAAAAACGAUCAAAUAUCCUAAUGUUAUUAGUGGUAUUUUUUCCCCACCAGCCAACACUUUCCAACACCCGCUUCCGUAAAAUUCCCUCUAUUUAAUAUCCGGGGUUGUUAAAUUCCGUACUUGCUUAUUUUGACUUUUUUCCAGAGGUGUCAGAGCGGCGCUCCGGUGAGCUCUGAUAGCACUGCACCCCUGAAUGUAUGAGACAGUACAGUGUUAAAUGCAAAACCCCGAACAAUGUCGAUGAUCAGAGGGAUCUUAGACUCCAAGUUCAUCACUCCCUGAAAGAGAUUGAUCGGGUGGUUAAGAAGCAAAUGCAAUGGUUGUCUUUAUUAGUUGAAGCACUGAGUUCAAAAGUCAUGAAGUUGUGCUGCAGCUUUGUAAAACUUGUUAGCCCACAUCUGGAGUGUUUCAUACAGUUCUGGUCGCCCCCAUUCUCGGAAGGAUGUUGGGUCUUUGGAGAAGGCGCAGGAAAGGUUUACCAGGAUACUGCCUGGAUUAGAGGGCAUGAGCUAUAACGAGAGGCUGGGCAAACUUGUGUUGAUUUCUCCAGAGCGGCGCAGGCUGGGGUGAGACUGGAUGGACGUUUAUAAUAUUACAAGAGGAAUAGAUAGAGUGGACAGAGGGUAUGUUUUUCCUGAGGGUUGAAAUGUCUGACACAUUUAAGGUGAGAGGAGAUGUGAGGGGCAAGUUUGUUUAUUUCCACAGAAUGCUGGGAAGCUGGAGUCUGUGCCUGGGAUGUUAGACCGCCCGGUCACGUGAUCCCAUUUGCCCCUUCCAUAUAACCACAGAUGUAACGAUCUCUUUGUGCAUGUUCACAAUCUCCAGAUGGGCGGUCACUCGUCCUCCAACUUGCCCGAACUCGUCUCGCUUCCUGAGGCUCCUCACAUUUGUCCUGGAGCUUUAUGGCUGUUGUGUCUUCUCCUGGAUUGGGGUGGGUGAGGAAGCAGAAUGACCCAGGUUGUGGGGAUCUUUGAUUUCACUGCCUGCUUUACCGAGGGACUGGGAAGUCUCGGGGGGAGGAUGGUUUCUGUGAUGUGCUGCUCUGUAUCCAAAGGUCUCUGCAUUUCCUCGCAGUCAUGGAUGGAGCAGUUACCGUGCAAAGCGUGAAGUGUCCGGAUGGGAAACUUUCUAUGGUGUGUUGAUAAAAAUCUGGUGAGGGUCAAAGUAUAUCUGGCAAAGUUCUUGUUAUUUUUGCUAAUUCUGUCAUUUUAGAAUCUUUUGGACAAUAGUAUGUACUAUUCAUUCAGUACCUAUGUGUUGCUGGAGGACCAUCAGUGAUCGUCCUUGAUCCCUUCUCCCACCUGCUUCCAUCUGCUCAUCUUGUUCAACCUCUGCCCAGUCUCCUCACAACACCCAACUCCGCUUCAGUGAUGUACACCAACCAUCUGGGUCAUCCUCAGUCCGCCUUGUAUCCCACCUCCUCAAUGUUAUAUAUCAACAAACUUUCUUCCAACCCUUGUCUUCAUUGUGAAGUGUUCUUUUGUCCCUUUGGCCUCGCUGAUCAUUUCCAGAAUCGGUUAUUGUUAGCUGGAAUGCCGGAGGGUCAUCAGGUCCCAUUUCUGUUGUGCAUUGGUGUGGAGAUGCUAGUUUAUGAACAGUGAUGGGCUGACACACUGCAGCAUUUUACUGGCAGCAAAGAGUACUGGGAGAGUUGGUGCUUGGGCUCUAAUCCUGUGAUUGGCAUUCCAGGCAAAUGGAACUGUUGUUGUGUUGGCUUGGACUUUGGUUAGUGCUUCUACAGAUGGGGCUGGAUGGAUGUCCUUCUUCGAGCAGCUGGACAUUGGUUGUAUGGAAAUCCCGGAUUGCACUACCCAGUGAGAGAUGGGAGGACAAUGUGUGAGACUCUCAGGGUCGGUGAGUGGCAGAUUAAGCUGUGUGACUCUGUGAGGUUGGGUCCUGGGAUAUCAUAGUUUUUCAUCCAGGUAAAAUGGACCUGGGGAUCGAGCUGCUUGGGCUUAUGAGGUGUUGAGUGAGUAUUUCUGGUCUUGGUUCAGAUGUUUGUUUCUGGAGUUCCUUUGGAAGCAAUGACUGCCAGUCUGAGGAGAGGAUGAUUCCCACUUCCAUCCUCACAGGGAGAGGCUGUGAGUAAAUGAGCUGUUCUGUGUUUACAACAGUAGAAAUAGACCCAGAGAUUGGUGUUCAAACUGUGUUUGGAAAUUCCCCCGCACCCCCCCCCCCCCCUCACUGUCACACAGUGGAAAUCAGGCAGCUGUGCUGGAGAUCUACACUAAAAACUGAAAAUAUUUGAAGUCAUUCUGAUGAAAUGUUAUUAAUUGAAUUGUAUUGUAAGCUAUUCCUUACCUGCUGAGUGUUUCUGGUAUUUAUGACAGAAAUUAAUAUAUUCAUGAUUGCUAAGUACCUUCAGGCUAACAGGAGGAAGACAGGAAUAUGGUGUUGGAAUGAAAAUCAGCCGUGUUUGAAUGGUGGGCAGACCAUAUGGAUCGAAUCACCUAAUUCUCUUCCUGUGUCUUAUGUCUUACCAUGACUGAAUGACGGCUCCUUCUUAUCCCAUAUCGUCUGUGUCAUGUGAGGGACAAUAAAAGCUUGUUCACUGAGAUCAUUAUAUUUACCUUCAAUGUUUAAAUUUCAGUGAGUUUUGUUCCUAGAAAAAUUAAACAGAAAUGUUUGGUCCUCCUUUUCAUUGUUAACGUGCUUCAUUAUCUUACAUGUUAAAGUUAGACCUGCAGUUAGAGAUUUAUUGGAAGAAAAACCACGACUGAAGAUGAGGGAACAGCAACAAGUGAACCAGCCCGAGGAUUGAGAGCACCGACUGGAGAGGACCCAUCUGACUCGGAGAUUCCAGUGAUUCAGUCAGGAGAAAGUUUGGUUAAAAACAACAAGGAAAUUAUCUACGGGGAGGUCAAACACAACACGCUGUUUUGUUGUCUAUGUCCAGAUAUUUAAGAAGUGGAACAAGGGAUUUACUCGAUCAUCAUUCCUACUCAGGCUGUGGGGAGUGAUUCACUCGAUCAUUAUUCCUAUUCAGACUGUGGGAGAGAUUCAUCGAUCAUCUGACCGACUGACAUGCUGUCAAUUUACACGGGGGGAAUCCAUUUAUCUGCUCAGUCAUCCACUCUAAUGGCUCACCAGCGAGUUCACACCGGGGUGUGGCCAUUCACCUGCUCAGACUGUGGGAAGGGAUUCAUGUUGUCAGCUCACCUACUGAGUCAUCAGUCAGUUCACACGGGUGAGAGGCCAUUCACCUGCUCUGACUGUGGGAAAGGAUUCACUUUGUCAUCUAAUCUUAAGCUACAUCAGCGAGUUCACUCUGGGGAGAGGCCGUUCACCUGCUCAGACUGUGGGAAGGGAUUGGCGUUGUCUUCCCACCUACUGAGACAUCAGUUAGUACACACUGGGGAGAGGCCGUUCACCUGCUCAGAAUGUGGGAAAAGAUUCACUUCGUCAUCUCAACUUAAGGUACAUCAGCGAGUUCACACUGGGGAGAGGCCGUUCACCUGCUCAGACUGUGGAAAAGGAUUCACUCAGUCAUCCCACCUUCAAGCACAUCAGCGAGUUCACACUGGGGAGAGGUCGUUCAACUGCUCAGAGUGUGGGAAGGGAUUCGCGUUGUCUUCCCACCUACUGAGACAUCAGUUAGUACACACUGGUGAGAGGCCGUUCACCUGCUCAGAGUGUGGGAAAAGAUUCACUUUGUCAUCUCAACUUAAGGUACAUCAGCGAGUUCACACUGGUGAGAGGCCGUUCACCUGCUCGGACUGUGGAAAAGGAUUCACUCAGUCAUCCCACCUAGAAGCACAUCAGCGAGUUCACACUGGGGAGAGGCCAUUCACCUGCUUAGACUGUGGGAAGGCGUUCACACAGUUUGCUACCCUACAAGCACACUGGUCAGUUCACACUGGGGAGAGGCCGUUCACCUGCUCAGACUGUGGGAAAGGAUUCACUUCGUCAUAUAAACUUAAGGUGCAUCAGCGAGUUCACACUGGGGAGAAGCCAUUCUCCUGCUUAGACUGUGGGAAGGGAUUUGCGUUGUCAUCUCACCUACUGAGACAUCAGUUAGUACACACUGGUGAGAGGCCGUUCACCUGCUCAGACUGUGGGAAAGGAUUCACUCAGUCAUCCCACCUACAAGCACAUCAGCGAGUUCACACUGGGGAGAGGCCAUUCACCUGCUCAGACUGUGGGAAAGGAUUCACUUCAUCAUAUAAACUUAAGGUACAUCAGCGAGUUCACAUGGGGGAGAGGCCGUUCACCUGCUCGGACUGUGGGAAAAGAUUCACUUCGUCAUCUCAACUGGAGAUUCAUCAGCAAGUUCACACUGGGGAGAGGCUGUUCACCUGCUCAGACUGUGGGAAAGGAUUCACUCAGUCAUCCCACCUACAAGCACAUCAGCGAGUUCACACUGGGGAGAGGCCAUUCACCUGCUCAGACUGUGGGAAAGGAUUCACUCAGUCAUCCCACCUACAAGCACAUCGGCGAGUUCACACUGGGGAGAGGCCAUUCACCUGCUCGGACUGUGGGAAUGGAUUCACUCAGUCAUCCCACCUACAAGCACAUCAGCGAGUUCACACUGGUGAGAAGCCGUUCACCUGCUCGGACUGUGGGAAGGGAUUCACUCAGUCAUCCCACCUACAAGCACAUCAGCGAGUUCACACUGGAGAGAGGCCGUUCACCUGCUCAUUGUGUGGGAAGCGAUUCGCGUUGUCCUCUCACCUACUGAGACAUCAGUUAGUACACACUGGUGAGAGGCCAUUCACCUGCUCAGAAUGUGGGAAAAGAUUCACUUUGUCAUCUCAACUUAAGGUACAUCAGCGAGUUCACACUGGGGAGAGGCCAUUCACCUGCUCAGACUAUGGAAAAGGAUUCACUCAGUCAUCCCACCUGCGAGCACACUACUCAGUUCACACCGGGGAGACUCCAGACACCUGCUCGGACUUUGGGAAGAGAUUCUCUCAGUCAAAUCAACCAAAUGUGCAUCAUUGAGUUCACACUGGAGAGACUGUUCACUGGAUGUGUGUCCAUCACCGUUGCUGAAUGCAAUUUCGAGACUGACUGUCGGUGCUGAACUCUGCAAUCAUUGCUGCUGCUCACCACACCCAGUUCUGCACCCUGGUCACUGGGCAUGGGAGGAGUUUCUUCUGCCGCACAUUCACCUUUAAUAGGACUGGAGUUUAAUAUUCUGCA